AUGUCCGCUGCAGACGUUGAGUCGUCGCGGCUGUUCGUCAAGAACCUGCCGCCCUCGAUCACUGAGGCCGAUUUCCGAAAACAUUUUGCAACCGGCGGCCGAGAAGUCACAGACAUCAAGCUGAUCCCAAAGAGGAGGAUUGGCUAUGUUGGCUACAGGACCUCAGAAGAUGCAGCCAAGGCUGUCAAGUUCUUCAACCGAUCCUACAUACGCCUGUCCAAGAUCUCCGUCGAGGUCGCAAGGCCCAUAUCAGACCCCUCCCUGCCUACUGCUAAGAAGGCCGGUCCUCGUGUCCAAAACAAGCUGCCUACCCCCGAGCCUGAGCCUAGGGCGAAAGAAGCUGAUGCAAAUGACAAGAAGAGAAAGAGGGAGGGUGCGGAUGAGUCCGACCCCAAACUGAAAGAGUACUUGGAUAUGAUGCGUCCAGGACAGACGACCUCGAGCAAACUCGAGGGUAUCUACGGCCAGCAGCACAGUGAACAGAACGAUGUCGAGAUGGCAGUCGCUCCUGUGGAUGACGAGAGUGACGAUGAGUACGAGGCCAUCCCGGCCAAGAAACAGAAGCAGCAGAAAGAAAUUGCGGAGGAAACACCAGCAGCGCAGGUUGAGGUCCCUUCGCCUAUGGUCGAUCCACCAAAACCAAUAGACCAAGACGUGCCAAACACAACGGGACCAGCUGAUGCAACAGAUGAUGAUUGGUUGAGAUCACGGACAAACAGAUUACUUGACCUCGUCGACCCGGAUGACCAAUCAGCGCUACCUCUGCCUCCAGCACCACCUACCCAGGCUCCAGCUGUGACGAGCGGACCAUCACUUGCAGAGGUAGAAUUGGAUCGUGCCACUCCAGAAGCCCCAGGCGAGCCUGUUGUCGAAAGAACGGGCGAAGAAGUCGCAACGGAACAGAUAAAUCGCACAGGUAGGCUCUUCGUUCGGAAUUUGCCCUUCAAGGCCACCGAGGCCGAACUCGCAAAACACUUCCAGCCGUAUGGAGAGACCGAAGAGGUACACAUUCCUGUCUCUGGUUCGGGACAAGGUAAGGGGUUUGCCCACAUCUCUUUCUCGGAUCCUGGCUCUGCUAUCGCAGCAUUGCAAGAUGCGGAUGGCAAGCCUUUUCAAGGCCGUAUCCUCCACGUUCUCCCAGGCCAACCGAAAAAGGACCACCAGUUGGAUGACUUUGCCAUCUCGCAACUGCCGCUCAAGAAGCAGAACCUUUUGCGGAAAAAAGCACAAGCAUCAACCAGCACCUUCAACUGGAACUCACUGUACAUGAAUCAAGAUGCCGUGCUUGCAUCAACUGCAGAUCGCCUUGGAGUCUCCAAAUCAGAGCUUCUCGAUCCCACCUCCACUGAUGGCGCAGUGAGACAGGCGGUAGCCGAGACACAAAUCAUCCAAGAGACGAAAGCUUACUUUGCUUCUCACGGAGUCAACGUUGAGGCCUUCAAGUCCCAGAAGAAGGGAGAUACUGCCAUUCUGGUGAAGAAUUUCCCGUAUGGUACGAACCUCGAGGAAUUGCGGAAGCUGUUCGAAGAGGCUGCCGGUGGAAAUGUGCUUCAAGUCUUGAUGCCACCAAGCAGGACGAUUGCAAUCGUCCAGUUCUCACAGCCUGUUGCUUGCAGAACUGCUUUUGCGAAGCUGGCCUAUAGGCGACUCGGCUCAUCUAUUUUGUUCCUUGAAAAGGCACCUGUAGAUCUAUUUGGAGACCAACAGACUACACAGCAGCCUCAGGCUGAUCACCCUGCGGAUGGUGCGGGCGUACAGAAAAUGUCUGGCACGGAUCUCCUGGAGCAAGCUGAUGACCAGGGUAGCCAGGACACGACGUCCCUUUACGUCAAGAAUCUGAGCUUCGACACAACCACAGCACAGUUGGCCGAUGCGUUCAAGUCCUUGGACGGAUUCGUCCAUGCACAGGUGAAGACAAAGUCCGAUCCCAAAAAGCCGGGCCAGGUGUUGAGCAUGGGUUUCGGCUUUGUGCAUUUCCGCUCAAAGGCGCAGGCGGAGGCCGCUGUCAAGACCAUGAAUGGAUUUGUCCUGGAUAAACACACACUCGCAGUAAAGGCAUCACACAAGGGCCAUGACGCGGCCGAAGAAAAGCGACGCGAAGACAAGGCCAAGAAGGCGGCAGGCCAGAGAACCAAGAUCGUCGUCAAGAACCUCGCCUUCGAGGCUUCCAAAGCCGAUCUACGCCGCUUGCUUGGGACUUACGGCAAGCUCAGAGUCGUCCGCAUUCCCAAGAAAUUUAACAGCUCAUCACGUGGAUUUGCCUUUGCGGAAUUUGAGUCGCCACGAGAGGCAGAGAACUGCAUCAGGUCGCUCAAGGACACUCAUCUGCUCGGCCGCAAAUUGGUCCUUGACUACGCCGAGGCUGAAGCCAUCGACGCGGAAGAGGAAAUUGCCAAGAUGCAGAAGAAGAUCGGGGGCCAGGUUAACAGGGUAGAGCUACAGAAGCUCACCGCAGGGAAAGGCAGCGCCAGACAGAAGUUCGAAAUCGGGGAGGACAAUGAGGAUAACGCAUGA